AUUCACUUAUUAUUUUAAAUUCAAUGUUGCAUUUUAUUUAUUUUAUCACAAAAAUAUAUUACUUUAAUUUAUGCAAAUAUUAAGUAAAUGUUUUUUCUAUAUACUAUUUAACCUAUGUAAGUUUGUUCUGACUUUUAGUGAAAAAUCAUACAAACCCAGUGGAUUACUGAACGUUUACAAGCCUUAUGGAGUAUCUUCUACAUAUGUAUGUAACAAAAUAAAGAAUAUAAUAAAUGAGAAUUUUCCAAAAAAUAAGGGUUUUAAGAUUCCAGUGGGUCACGGAGGAACUCUAGAUAGAUAUACUGAAGGAGUUCUUGCAGUUGGAAUCGGAGAUGGGACUAAAAUCCUUGAAAGCUAUCUUAAAGGAGAUAAGGAGUAUAUAUGUACUGGAACUUUUGGAUUUGAAACUGACACGAAUGACAUCCUUGGGAAAAUUAUACACACAUCGAAUUGGGAAUACAUAACAGACGAAAUGCUUGAAAAGGCCAUAAGGAGCCUUAAAGGGUUCCAGGUUCAAGAAUCGCCUACUUAUUCAGCCAAGAAGCACAAAGGGAUUCCCAUGUACGAAUAUGCCCUCAAUAAUAUCCAAGUUCCCUCUAAAUCAUCUCUCGUCCAUAUAAAAGACAUUUAUCGCAUUAAAAAUGAAGAGCUACCGAACUUCUCUUUAUUUGUUCACUGUUCUGGAGGAACUUACAUCAGAAGCGUUGUCAGAGAUAUUGGUAGAAGGCUAAACUCUAGAGCAACAAUGGCUUCUCUGAUUCGAACUAAAAAACUUAAUUUUCAUAUCAAGGACUCUUUAAAACUGGAGGAUUUAACUUAUGAGACAAUUUUAAAUAACAUAAAAACCCCAAGAGAUAUGAAUAUGGUAUUUAAAUGA